CUCCAUGUUUACUUUCGGUUCUGACGGCCGCGGCCUCCUCGCCUUCCGCCGGCCCAGCCCAACGGCCUCCGCCCGCCCUCCGGGUUCGCUGUCGGAUACCGAGGCGGAGAGGGAACGGCGCAGGGAUGGCACAGAAGAGGUAUCUUGCAGCAAAGCUGAAAAACUACUUAAGGGAAGACAAGAUUCAGCUAUGGAGACCUCCAUAUACAGAAAGCAAUAAAGAGGCCGGUGAGGGGCUGAAGGAUCUUGCCCUGCAGUAUUCAGCGAGGCUGAAGUAUAACAGCAAGGAAAUAGAGGCCCUUCUGGAAGAAAUACGCUGUAAAACAAUUGAGCGGGGAACUGGAAAUGAAGCUUAUAAGGCAACAGGCGUUGCAACGCUGGAAGUGGCCUUACCUCCUAGGAUGGGUAAAACAAGAAAAAAUGUGCUGGAGACAAAAUUGGUCAUCACAGGCAAGGAACUCCGAUCUCAAAUAGCACAAGCAUAUGGCUUUGAAGAAAAUUGCAUCAAAAUAAUAAUAAAUAAGAAGCAACUUGAGCUAGGGAAAACCCUGGAAGAGCAAGGGGUAACACACAACGUCAAAGUCAUGGUGCUGGAGCUGAAAUUGAGUGAGGAAGAGACCAGAAGAACAGUCCGAGAGGAGGAAAUGCAGCAUGAAGAAGAGACAGUGAAGAAAAAAGAAAUGCACAGAAGGAUGCAAAGAACCAAAAAGGGCCUCGAAAUGCUGGCAGAAAGAGAUGACUCUGUGGAUUCGGAUACGACGCCGUACCUAGACAUAGCAAACCAAACUGGAAGAAAAAUCAGUAUUCCUCCCAAAGCCAAAAAAGCUCUCUUGCUAGCUAUGGGGUACCAUGAAAAGGGCAGAGCUUUGUUGAAGAACAAAGAAUAUGCCAUGGCACUGCCAUUUCUAUUGGAUGCAGAUAAACACUUCUGCGAUUGUGGUUCAGACCUCCUGACCACCGUCGAUAAUUAUGCAGUGUUGCAACUGGACAUCGUCUGGUGCUACUUCCACUUGGGACAGCUGGAUUGCCUCGAUGAUGCUGAGAAAAAGCUCCUUGCUGCCCACGACUGCUUCAGGAAGUGUUACGGGGAGAACCACGAAAGGCUGGUCACUAUAAAAGGAAGUUCUGGGAGAGAGCAGGCUUUAUUUCUAAGGCUUUACCUGCUUCAAGGAAUAUGCCAUUAUCAUAACGGCAGAGAAAAAGAGGCUUCUGAAUGUCUGCAGCAGGCACAUCGUUUGUUUCAAGAGCUGUGCAUCGACCCCGAGAAAGUCAACAGCUUGUUACUUCUGGGGUUCUCUGCCCAGGAAGCUCGCCUGGGUCUCCGUGCUUGUGAUGGAAACGUGGAUCAUGCCGCCAGUCACAUUUCCAACCAGAGAGAGGAAAAGGAUCAAAUAAGACGAGAGGAGCGAGCUAAACGGAGAAAGCGGUUAGAGGACAUCAACUCCUUGAAAAGUAUGGGCUAUUCAGAGCGAGCAGCUAGAAAAGCUCUUCACCAGGCAAAAGGAAACCUUGAACUAGCGGUGAAGGUUAUUCUCGAUGACCCCCAGCUGCUGCUCCCAGAGGAUGAUGAUCCAUUGUUUGCGGACACCUUCCAGGUUCCCCAGGAAAGCAUUAACCAACUGGUGUAUAUGGGAUUUAAUCCUGAGGCAGCCGAGCAAGCCUUGAGAGUGUUUAAAGGCAACGUCCAGCUGGCCGUCCAAACCCUUGCCCAUUAUGGAGGGUCCGUUCCUGACGAGCUACAGGCACCUUCUGACAGCACCAGCACCUCUCCUUCGGAGGAAUCCAGCUCAUUCAAAGAUUCUUCCACAGGCUCUGCAGGCACUUCUGGCGCUUCAACUGAUGAAGACAUGGAAGCCGAUGCGCUCAAUGAAGUCUUAAAGGAUAUUCCAGAACAUGAAGAAGAUUAUUUAGAUCUCACACUGGAGGAGGAAGAAACUGUCAUUAACGAAUACCUCUCGUACAUACAGCACUUGCCAACCCAGCCCAAGUAGCGAAGGCCCUUAGAGACUUUGGCCUCCGUUAUGUCAGACUGCACCAUCUGGGCUCCAGCCCACAGAAAAGGAGGCACACGCGGAUCUCACCGAAAUCCAUGGGGCAGUUCGGUCAUGACUGUCUUGAAGUCUCAUUCAUUUCAGAGGGAAUUCAGCGCAGCUCCUUUUGUCUGGGCUGGUGCCGUGGGUUGCAGACACACCUAACCCAGGCUUUUGCCAAAUGCCUUAAGCUCAGUAAGUUGCGUAAAUCCUGGUAUAUAUAAAACCUGGAUUGUUAGUUGAUUGUAGAGCAACACUGGAGGGGCAAAACCAGUUGCAGAAGAAAUUUUUUUACAGAAUACUGAGAACUUCACUAUAUAUUGGUGUAAAAUCUAUUUAAGUGGUAGAGCAAAUAAAACACUUUCCAUCUG